AUGCAAGACGACGAGGCUGUCCGGGAAGAAUGCCGGCAGAGACAGGAGGACGAGAUCGUAGCGCUCCAGUCCAUCUUUGCCGGUGCUGAUGACGGCGAGGCGGGAGAUGGAGCUCAUCGGCCUGAAGAGGUGCGCGUCAAGCUGCUACUGCAAGAACCAGAGCCGUUUCUCGAGUUCCAUAUUCCGGUCACCCUACCGAGACCCACGCGCAUCGUGGUCGACACCUACGCACCGAGUCAGGAGGUCAUCUCGACACCAGGGCCUAGCUCGGAAGCAUUGCCGCCAUCUCUAACGGAUGAACAAGCAAAGUCGAUAACUCACGGCGAAAGGACGGAAGCACUCUGUCAGCACAACAAGAAGAAUCGUAGCAGGAAAGUCAAGGCGAGCACACCUGUCCAUCUCAAUGCAAGCGCGCACAUCUUCCAACCAGGCAAGGACCGCGCAGCGCAGGUCGAUGGUGGCACGCAGACCAAUCAAUCAAGAUCAGCACCAACAGUAGAUGUCGCCAAAGCAUUUAAAGGUCUCAGUCUCCGUGGAGCAAACGGCCACGUUUCCGUCGUCGGCAAUGGAGACCCCUCGACCUCUCGCAAGGAGGUCUUGCGGCCGCAGUCAACCAAGCAGCUACCCUCGCUCUCUCAUCUAGCGCCCAUCACUAUGCGAGUGCGCCUAUCCCCGACCUAUCCAGCAGAGCAACCACCCAUCAUCGAACACCUUACCGCGCCCUGGCUACGACCCGCAUCCAGCUCCAAGAAUGCACCGCAUAAUUGGCUAGUUCACAAGCUCCACGAGCAAUACCGCGAGAUGAGCGGCUUGGAGAUUCUCUACAUCUGGGCAACCUAUCUCUCCGAAAGUCUUUGGGUCUCGCUCCUGGAAGACCAACUGAUCCGGGACGACGCACCCCCAUUCCUGCAACAUCCAGUUCAAGUUGCUGGGCAAGUUGAUGUGAGCUUGCGUUUCGAAGAACACCUCGACUCACGAGAUGCGCAGCCUCUGCUCGCGGCUCAACUAUUGGCACACUCGCGUCUCUGCAGUCGCACAACGUUCGACGCUUCGUCCUUCGACUGUGCGAUCUGCCUCGAGACUCGGAAGGGUAGAGCUUGCACGAGGCUCAGCGGCUGCGGCCACGUCUUUUGCUCAGAGUGCCUCGCCGGCUAUCUGUCGAGCCUAGUCGAUGAUGGCUUUCACAGACAAGCAAAGCGAUGUCCGGAUCCAGAAUGCGUGACGCUCUGGAGCGAGAGGGAAAAGCAGAAUCUCGUUGACCAGGAAGGAAAUCUCAUCACUUCUGCCAAGGUCAAGUCCGCUGGCGUCACGUCUCCAGAUAGUCAGCUGGGCGCGGACAGCGAGAAGAGCAAGACAGUCGUGGGCUUAGUGACACGCGAGGAGUUGGAAGCCAUUCUAGGCGCCACCCGUCUAGCUCGACUCGACCAGCUCACCGUCAAAGCAAAGAUGGAAGCCGAUCCUUCGGUAUCCUACUGUCCUCGUGCGGGCUGCCAAGCCGCCGUCGUUCGUCUUUCGUCGGACGAGAACUCGGGUCACUGGGAGCGAUUCCGAGAAUGUCUCUCGUGCGGCUUCGCCUUUUGUGCGUGGUGCUCUCGCUCCUGGCACGGCCCCACCUCGUGUCCCGUCUCGUUCCAAUCUGAGCUCAUCCGGCGGUACCUCUCCCUCGCCCCGUCCUCACCUGACCGCUUGCUCAUGCAACAGAAGUUCGGGCGCAAAACGCUCGAGACCAUGGUGCGCAAAUACGAAGAGGAACAACAAACCCAACGCUGGUUGUCGGACUACACCACGCCCUGCCCCACGUGCGGCAUUGCGAUCGAAAAAUCCUACGGCUGCAAUCACAUGACAUGCAAGUCGUGCCAGACGCACUACUGCUAUCUGUGCGGCAAGACGGUUUCCUCGCAAAACCCGUAUCAGCAUUUCAACACGCCAGGACACGAGUGCUAUCACAGGCUGUUCGACGGGCUGCUGGGCGAUCAGGAUCCGAGACACCAGCAGCAGCAGAGAGAGGCGCAACAGGGUGGAGAGAGGGAGCAGGAAGAUGGGAGGCCUGGAUUUGCACUGCUGUUGGACGAGAAUGGGAUUCCGUUGCAUCUGGAACCGGAGGAUCAGGAGAUGGAUCUGUUGGCAUGGCAGCAGCUCGGUUGA